AUGGGCCCCGAGCUGCCCGCACCUUGGCUGCUGCUGGUCACCUGGCUCCCGGCAGGGUGUGUGUCCUUGCUGGUGACGGUCCAGCACACGGAGCGCUACGUCACCCUGUUUGCCUCCGUCGUCCUCAAAUGUGACUACACCACCUCUGCCCAGCUCCAGGAUGUGGUGGUGACGUGGCGCUUCAAGUCCUUCUGCAAGGACCCCAUCUUUGAUUACUACUCUGCGUCGUACCAGGCGGCUUUAUCCCUGGGCCAGGACCCAUCCAACGACUGCAAUGACAGCCAGCGGGAGGUUCGCAUCGUGGCCCAGCGGCGGGGGCAGAACGAGCCCGUGCUGGGCGUGGAUUACCGGCAGCGCAAGAUCACCAUCCAGAACCGAGCGGACCUUGUGAUUCAUGAAGUGAUGUGGUGGGACCAUGGAGUGUAUUAUUGCACCAUUGAGGCUCCAGGGGACACGUCAGGAGACCCCGAUAAGGAAGUGAAGCUCAUGGUCCUGCACUGGCUGACGGUGAUUUUCAUCAUCCUGGGUGCCCUCCUCCUGCUCCUGCUGAUCGGAGUGUGCUGGUGCCAGUGCUGUCCUCAGUGCUGCUGUUGCUACCUCCGCUGCCCUUGCUGUCCCACCCGCUGCUGCUGCCCCGAAGAAGCCCUGGCCCGCCACCGCUACAUGAAGCAGGCUCAGGCCCUAGGCCCUCAGAUGAUGGAAAAACCCCUGUACUGGGGGGCGGACAGGAGCUCCCAGUUUUCAUCUUAUCCAAUGAACCCACUGCUGCAGCGAGAUUUGUCCCUGCGAUCCAGCCUCCCAGAGAUGCCAGUGACCCAGACCACCGCUCACCCUCCUAUCACCAGUGGUGUCCUAGAGUAUUUGGAGAAGGAGCUGCGAAACCUCAACCCAGCCCAGCCUCUGCCGGCUAACCUCCGAGCCAGACCUGGCCAUCCCCACAGCAUGCUGUCCUCCCUGGGCUCUGAGGUCGUGGAACGCAGAAUCAUCCACCUGCCCCCGCUGGUCACAGACCUGCCAUCUUCGCGGAGGACCAGCCACUCCUCCCGCCAGCAGUGGCUCCCCCCGCCUCCUCCGCCCGGACCCUGGGAUCCGAGGGAGGGGAGAAGGCAGCACCGCUACUCUGAUUUCCACCAGGAGCUCCAGGACUGGGAGCCUCAGCGCUGGGCGCUGGAACAAAGGGAGCUGGACCGACUGCGGAGCGGAAGGCACCGCAGCUCCAGGCAGCGCGGGUCGCCCAGGCCCUGGUCGGACAGGGACGGGGACAGCCUCAGCGACGGCCCCUCGCCCAGCGAGGCCCGCCGGGGGCCCAACCGCCCCCCCCUCCGGAGCCGUCCCCCAGAGAGAGCCCGCAGGCCCAGCCCCCGGGGCAGCGCCCGGGGGCACCAGAGGCGCAGGCACCGCAGCUACUCCCCUCCCCUGCCCUCCGGCCUCAGUGCCUGGAGCUCCGAGGACGAGGAGAAGGAGAGGCGGCGCCGGAACUGGGGGGCCCGCCGCCGCCGCCGCUCGUGCUCCCCAAACUGGCCUGAGGAGAAGCCACCCAGCUACAGCUCGCUGGAUGUCACCCCAGGCAAGAAUGGCAGGAAAAAAGGGAGUGUGGAGAGGCGCUCGGAGAGAGAGAGCUCCCAUAGUGGAAAGAGUGUGGUCAUUUAG